AUGAUGGGCUGGACCAUGCUGAAGUAUGACCAAGUCCUCGACCCAGUCUUGACCUGGCCGCACGCAACUAUGGAUGGUGCCGGGCUCAGUGAACUCUUGACGGCAUGGGCUUACACGCUUGCGGGCCUUUCGAAUCAAGUACCGCCCUGCCUGUCUUUGAGGUACGACCUCCUGAACGACCUCAUUUCAGAUGCUCCCGACAGGGUGCCGAUUAAAGAGGAAAUAUUUUUCGACUCGAGUAAAAUAGUAAAGUUCGCACUAAUGCGUAUCAUGUGGCUGGUGAUGCUCAUUAUCCGCGCGCUGUUCGCCGAAAAGCAGGAGUUGCGCAAUAUAUGGGUGCCGAAGCGCGUGAUAGAAAAGAUUCGGCAGGAGUCAUUGUCAGCUUUAGAGAUGGCAGACGAGCAGGGCAACGCCGGGUCAGGCGGACCUGUAAAGAACGGCAAGGAAUACGCACAUGACGCAUUCAUCCCCGGCGAUCUCGUUCCCGACCGCGAAUCGGGGCGGCCGUUUGUUAGCGAGAGUGAUGCCAUGAUUGCAUUUUUCACCAGAGCGGCGGCAAGAGCUUUGCCUCCCAAGUCUCGCCGCACUGUCAAUAUAUCCAUCAUUCUCAACAUCCGCGACCGCCUUCCGUCGUUGACAGCUCGACUGCCCAAGCCCGGUGUGUUCAUUUCCAACCUCACCAUGUCUGUACAAGCUUUGCUUCCCGCCCAAGCCGUGAUUCCCAAGGACCAAGGGGACCACACCGCGCGGGCGAAGUUUUCGUCCCUAGGCCUGACGGCGGCAUCGGUCCGGUCGAGCCUCCACGCCGGCUUGACAGAGCCUCAGCUUCGCGCUCUUGCCAAGGUGCAGCUGAAAGCAUACGCCUCCCGCCUCGUUGGGCUCCCCAUCAUCGGAGGCAUCGACUGCUUCCAGGUCACUUUUAGCAGUCUCAAAGUAGGACCAUUGUUCGAAAUGAACAUAUUCGCGCCAGCGGUUGUUGAAAAAGUUGAAAGGAAUGAACCAGCCGACAAAGGCAAAGUUGCGGAGGCGGUGCCCAGGGUAACGUCUCCAGCUACAAGCAAGACGAGCGGCAGCGUUAAUCAGAAAACCACAGCCAUGGCGCCUGUUGCUGCGGGUCAGGAAAAAAGGGCUAAUGCAUCUAUGGAGCCGCGCAAAGGUUGCACUCCGGUUGGAAUUUUGGUCAUUCCCAAGCACUCCUCUUUCAUGCUUGCCAAAAUGCAGCUAUUUAUUUUCGCGAGGGGGGAAAAUGGCGCCUGGGUUCAGGGUACACUGCAUCCUGAGCAUUGGAAGAUUGUAGAAAGGGAGCUGCGGGAAAUAGAUAGGCGGGGGUGA